GUUCAUUUCAUUGGUUAAUGCGCAGUUCAAUAGUACAACGCGUUCUUGUGAAGUUGUCUUUGCUUAGAAAAAUGGCCGACAGAUUAACGCAACUUCAAGAUGCUGUUAAUUCGCUGGCGGACCAGUUCUGCAAUGCUAUCGGGGUUUUGCAGGAGUGCGCUCCACCGGCGUCAUUUAGCAACAUUCAGACCGCGAUCAAUAGAGACCAGCCCUCCAAUCCAACAGAAGAAUACGCCCAACUGUUUGCGGCACUUAUCGCGAGGACGGCCAAGGACGUGGACGUGCUGAUCGAUUCACUUCCCAGCGAGGAAUCCACUGCAGCUCUGCAGGCAGCCAGCCUGCGGCAGCUGGAGGAGGAGAACCACGAGGCGGCGGCGCGGCUGGAGGAGGUGGUGUACCGUGGGGACCUCCUCCUGGAGAAGAUUCAGAGCGCGCUAGCCGACAUCGCUCAGUCCCAGUUGCGCACCAGGAGCGGGGUGCCCAGCCAGCCUGCACUUCCUGACUCCUGACACCAGGUGGCAGCACCAUACAGAGUCAGCGUGCAGCCAACGCCAUUCACAUCCUUUCUGCCUCAAACACUAACCCUGGAUCACACUUCCUACUUAUUGGUUGGGUUUAUUUUCGGGUAAGCUGAUGAUUCAGGAUAAGAUUCCCCACAACAUCUGUUGAUUGAUCCCUGAACUGUUCAUGGGUGUAAAUGCUGCACUCAAGUGCUUUGGAUUUGGCCACUCCAGGUUUCUGGACUACAUUUUAACCAGAACAUAGAGGCAUUUUCAGCAAAACCUGUUGUUUUUUUUUCCUUUUAUUUAAGCUGUUUAUUUUUGGAUGUUUUGGGCAAUGACCAUUUUAUUGUUUUGGCUCUGCACUCCAGCACAUUGUAUUUGAAACAAUUAAUAUAAAGUUAAUGUGUAGGAAAGCACUGGAAGCUAACAAAAGGUCUAGACUUGGUUCUAGGUAUGGAAUUUGCAUUUAGAGUCUGCUGCUGUUGUCUCUCAACAUGAGGGCCAGAGAAGGGUCAAUGCCAGUAAAGCAGAUCAUCAUUCAGUGUUCCUAUUCAAAUCCCGUGUGCUGGAGAACAGAGCCAAAACGACAGAAUUUGUGUUGCUGUUCAUAUACUUACAGACUGCAGUGUGUGUGCGCGUGCUUGUAUGUGUGUGCGCUUGCGUGCUUGUGUGCGUGCGUGUGUGUGUGUGUGCGCGUGUGUGUGUGUGUGCGCGUGUGCGCGCUUGUGUGUGUGUGUUGCAUUGCUCUUGUCGAGGGUAAUUUACACUUUUACAUGUGAUUAUUUUAUAUAAUUUGACCUUUUCUGUAAUUAUGCUUAAGCACUUUUUAAGUGCAGCAAGAGUGACCUACCUGGAGAUGAGUUCGUAACGUGGUUAUCGGCUCAAAAGGGGGUUCAUGAGUCCUGAUUUGGUGCGUUUGCCCUUGGAAUGCCUGGUGUAGCCUGUGUUUAAGUGCUUACUUGUCAGAACCAAAACUGGUUCUGUUUUCUGCAGAAUGCCAUUUGAAGGGAUAUAACUGGGAUACACCUCUGCGUCCGCUUAUAAUUUCAAAGGAAAGGACCCCAUUGCAGCAUCACUCUGAGUUGCUGACAGCGGACAGACCAGUUUACCAUCAAACCGAUUUUAGGGUGAAGUUACUUCUCAGCCACUGCUGCUGCCUUUUGAGUUGUCCUCAUUUUGAAUAAAUCCUGUUUUCACAUUUGC